UUAAAAUCAAACCAAUACCAUUCUCUGAACCGGAUCUGAAAUUGUUCGAAACCAAUCAUAGAGCACACUCCGAUCACCGUCUUCCUUCAUCCAAGCUAAACCGCCGGUUCUCCACCAACAAUUGCGCCCCUCCCUCGAGCUACCCUACCCUGAUUGCUCCCCUGGAACAUUUUAUAUAAACCUCUAUUUACCCAAUUGCCCCUUGCCCCCUUUCUUCAUCUCUGUCUUGUCUCUAUCUUCCCCCCUCAUACGUGCAAGGUUCAGCUCACUACCCCACUCCUUCCCUUGUUCCUCAUUUACUUUCAUUUUCAGGGUCACCACACCAACUCUCCCCAGCCCCCUUCCCUCUGUUUGUCCUCUCCAAAAACAUUUACUUCAAUUCAAUUUUAGAUUUUAAUACCCUGCUUCUUCUUUGGGCUUCUUCUAUGCCUGAAUUCUCAAUACAUUGACAGUAAUCAAUAGUAUCAGUUCCUGCCUAGAAGCUUUUUGCUUUUAGUCCCAAGUCUCAAUUUAUAUAUGUGUUUCGUCAACCUUAAUGAAUCAAGAUAAAUUCAGCAAUACCCACUUGUUUUCUUUGUGUGUUUCUUCUGUUUCUUUGAACCAGAACCUGAGAAAUUAAGAAAUCUAAGCAGGAAUUGAAAUAUCUUCUUCAGUUUUGUUGUAUUUCUAAAUGGGUUUUUGGUUUCUGCUCUUUCUGACAAUUUUAAGCUCUUCUACUCUCACAAUAUCAGAUCCAAAUGAUGAAGCAUGCUUAACCCACCUAAGCCAAUCUUUAAAAAACCCAACAAAUUCACUCCAAAACUGGACUAAACCCAAUCUUGCAAACCCAUGUUCUGGUUUUAACUCAUAUCUCUCUGGUGCUACUUGCAACAAUGGCCGAAUCUAUAAACUCUCCCUUACCAACCUUUCCCUUCAAGGCUCUAUUUCUCCUUAUAUCUCCAACUGCACCAAUCUUCAGACCCUUGACCUCUCCUCCAACGCUCUGUCUGGUCCUAUCCCUGAAGAUUUACAGUACUUGGUCAAUCUUGCAGUGCUUAAUCUCUCGUCUAAUAGACUGGAGGGAGAGAUCCCCCCACAGCUUGCAUUGUGUGCUUAUUUGAAUGUGAUUGAUUUUCAUGAUAAUUUUCUCACUGGUCAAAUCCCACAGCAACUGGGUCUUUUAGUAAGAUUAUCAGCUUUUGAUGUCAGCAAUAAUAAGCUUUCAGGGCCAAUCCCUGGUCCAUUGGGAAACAGAAGUGGGAAUUUGCCGCGAUUCAACGCGACGUCUUUUGAAGGAAAUAAGGAUCUUUACGGCUACCCAUUGCCUCCGAUGAAGAAUAAAGGUUUGUCAGUUUUAGCCAUUGUUGGGAUCGGUUUGGGAAGUGGGUUUGCCAGUUUGGUGCUCAGUUUCACUGGCGUUUGUAUUUGGUUGAAGAUUUCUGAGCAGAAGAUGGCCCUUGAAGAAGGCAAGAACAGCCAGCUUAUGCCUGAUUAUUGACCGUAAUUCACCAUGGAUUCUUAAGAAAAUGAAAAACAAAGAAAGAAAGAAGGAAAGCAAAACGAUGUCAAGGUAUGCUUAGGUGUUGAUCUUAAUAGACAAAGAGUUGGUAUUUCAUUUGAAGCGUGAGCUAAUGCUAUUUUUCUCAGAUGGGGUUCUUGCAGCUAGCGGUUGUAUUUUACUGAAUUUUGGAAGCUUUUUUCUUUUUUUUUUUUUUUUCGGUAUUUCUUCCUCCAUCCCUACCCUUUUAACCUUUUUAUUUUAUUUUGUUAUAUAUCUGUAGUAUUUCCUCUCGAAAAUCAAUAGUGUAUAAAUUAAUUCAAACAAGAAAUAGUUCAGCUUCUUUGACUUUCAAUCU